UCUUGACACUAUUAUCCGCCAUGUGUCCAAUCCUUCUCAUAAACGCACACGAAACCAAAGUCCGGGUUUCUUGAAGCGGCUACACUUCAUGCUUAUGUAGGUUGAACCUUUUAUUCGUGUACCCGCAUAAUACACUUUGUCAAAGAUUCAAUUAAGAAGUUUUGAACUUCAUCCUCUUUUCUCAUGCAGAUAACAAGCACAUACCUCGGGAUGACAAAUUUUGUGCUUCAAUUUAUGAUAAUAAGCUUUCCACAUUGAAUUCAGCCUCUAACGUUGUAUUAGAGGGGAAUUGGGUGUCCCAUUACCAGAAAUUAUAUGGACUUUAAUCCAUCCCUUUCACAGACUUGAUCACCAAGUCACUAGUUAACCACUAUCAACCAAAUUAAUUCGAGUUUGGUCAUACUGUCUAGACACAACACUAUGAAUGAUCAGUUCACAGCUUUUACCGUGCCAUACUCUCACAUGACCGUACUUGUCAUUUUCACUUGACUAUAUGCCUUAGCCAAAUUAGCAUUACUAUCACAAAAGAUAGUAAUAGGUGAGAUUGGUUUAGGCCAUAAAUAUAUAUCAUAAACCAAACCUCUCAACAAUUAUGUCUCUUCUCUAAGAAAAACCAAGACCACACAAACUUUGAUUCCAUAGUGAAACUGAGUGAUGCAAGUUUUCUUUCUAGAGGCCCAAAAUAUGGCACCUCUCCCAAGCAAGAGGACCCAUCUCAAUGUUGAAGAAUCACCUUUAACAUGAGAAAUCCAACUAACAUCAACAAAUCCUUCCAAAAUUAAUGGAAAGCCACUAUAAGUCAAUACAGUGUGCCUUUGACAUAUCCUAGUACACGCCUCAUUUCAUUUCAAAUCAUGAGAACUAGGAUUCAUCACGUACCAACUUAAUUGUUCUAUUGCAUAUGCGAUAUCUAGCAUCAUGCAAGUCAUGCAUACAUCGAGCCCCCAAUUUGACAUGGAAUACUCCAGUUGUAAAACUGAUUUCCAGUAUUAACCAUAAGUUCCAUACUUGGAUCCAUUGGGGUCUUUAACUCACGAGAAUUCCUACUAUGGAAUUUUUGCAAGUACCUUCUCAUGCAGAAAAAUUGAGAGAAGGAACUUCUUUGUCGUACCGCUUGAUUCAAUAGACAGAAUCACAUUUACCUCCCCCAUUUUCUACAUGGAGAAUUUAAAUAACAACUUUUUAUCAAAGUUCACUUAUCUUUUAUUGGUUCCAAAGAUAAGCAUGCCAUAUACAUACAAAUAUACGGUGACUACAUUACCAGAAUCGUCUUAAAUUGUGUAUACAUUUUGUCUCCUUGGUUUAAAAUAACAUAAACCACUUGACAAAAUCACUUAUCUUUGAUUGGUCACAAAGAUAAAUAUGUCAUCUACAUACAAACACAACGACUCUAUUACCAGAAUCAUCAAACAUUGUAUAUACAAUUUUGUCUCCUUGGUUUAAAAUAACAUAAACCACUAGACAAAAUCACACCACCAAACCCCUAGAAAAAUCCAAGUUUAUCUAGAACUUCGUAAAUGUCGAAUAGAGAAUUAGACUAAUUAACCAUUGAGUAUGUAACCAACCCAAAGGCAAUUUUCAUUCUUCUAUUUCUCCAUUUUACGAAUCAUUCUCCUUCUUCCUCAUCUUCGAAUCAUCCCUCUUCCAAGUUACCUUCCGGAUAUGGAAUACACAAUGAGACAAGUACGAAGAAAACCCAUCUUCUACUGCCAUCGAUGAAAAACCCAUCAUCAAACAUUCUCAUAAUUCCAUAGACCGGAACCAGUUUCUUGUAAAUAGCAGUUCGAGCCUCGUACCGGAAAAAUAUUCUUUUCGAUUGUUGGGACUUUUAGGGGCGAGGGUAUACGUACGAUAGCCCGAGACCGGGUGACGAGGAUUGUGAUAGAGUCGUGAACAAAGUUCACUUUCCGAAAAGAAUAUUUCCACCCUCAACAAGCCUAGGGUUGCAGGAAAUUUCUCCCGAGGAUAAAACUAUCACCACUUUAGGUUCCAGGCUCAAGAACACUAAAGCAUACUUAGAAAUUUUUGGAAGAAAGAAGAAGAAUCUGUUUGAUGGUAUGUGGCACCAUCCACCCCACCCUUAUAUUUAUAGGGGCCGAAUCCAUGCAUUGUUUCAUGAAAGGUUGCCUUUAUCCAUAUGAAAGGUUGCCUCUAUCCAUAUGAAAGGUUAUCCUUAUCCAUAUGAAGGGUUGCCUUUAUCCAUAAGGUUAUCCUUAUCCAUAAAAUAAUGCAACCUCCACUAGGCCAAGGGAUGUGUCCCUUCACGGAAUUAGAAUAUUGGUUCGGUCGGUCUAAUCCCAAACCGGUCGGUCGGUCCAACCCAAAACCGGUUUGACUUGGUUAGUCCGGUUCAACCAAAUUUCCAACACAAUAUAGGUCGGAAAAGGGCAAUUACUCAUUCUUAAAACUAGUAUUCUUAAAACCAAAGAGAGAUACGGAAAAAGGGGACGGGGGAAGCUCUCCAUUCCUGGUUUUCCUGUAGAUGGAUCCUCCGUAACCACAAUAAUCCAUACUUAUAAGGGGAUUCAAACUUAACAUCUUUUGAUAAGAUUUUCUCUUUGGAGAGCACAGUACGAUGAAAGUUGUGUUCCCGCGGGAGGGGGGGGGGGGGUAGUGUUAAGUUAUUGUAUAUUGUUGGCUUCUAUGGUAGAAUUAGUCGGCCCCCCCCCCCCCCCCCCCCCCCCCCCCCCCGAGAGGUAGUUUUUUACUUGUGGUGGAUGUCUGCGAUUCGAUUCCUAUUACUCUAAAUAGUGAACUUAGCCGGUAUAAAUUUAUAUGAAGUUAUCCAAUUUUUUCAAUUCAACAAUUUGAUUGUGACUUAUAUAAUUCAUGGAAGUUGAUAAGAUUCUUACAUUUGGUAGGAAAGUUCAAACGAAGAAAGGCUUACGGUGGAUACCUAGCCAUCCAGAGACAAGAAAGGUCAUAGUAAAUGAUGAAAUGCUUAGAGGGAGUUGAAAAUAGGUGGAAAUCCAGAGAUUCUCGAAUAUGUCAACCUUUCAAACUGUUGCUGAAUCCAUAGACAAAUAAGAGAGGACAUGGCAAAUGAUAUGAUCUCAAAUUGGCCAUUAACCUUGUUGGAAUUGAUUGAUCACGAAGGCAAGCUAAGUACAUUGAAGAACACUAAUUUUUGGCAAAGUAUUUUUACAGUUUUAGGUAGCCAACUUUGGACGAGUGCAACUUGUUAUUGGCUCGAUUGAAAUGAACGUUUGAGGGUUUGUUUUGAACCUAGUGUUACCCACUACAAGCUGGAGUGCUUGGUUGUUCAAGGAAAGGCCAGGAGGAUCGUUUUAAAAGCUUCUCAAACAGCCUUGUCAGAACCAUAAUUCUGCCUGAAUUUGGCUAAGGCAGAGGCAGUGUUCAGGAGGGGUACUUUGAAGCUCUAUUCCGGACAGAAGACGGAGAGUCAAGCUUCAAGAAGGAUACCACACGAUAGUAUGCAUCUUCUAGUACAACGACGAAGCAUUGGUUGACUGGCAUAAAGAUUGGAAGAGCUUGAACGAAGAGUCCAAAGAUCGGUUCGAGCUACGUUUUCUGCCUUAGAGAAUAAGCAAUCUGAAUCCUAGUCGGAUUAGGAUUAGUAGACUGUUUGUGUUUUAAUUCGUUUUUGUGUUGGUUUUGGAUUCCUUUUCGUAGUAGAUUGUAAUUGAAAUAUCCUUAAGAAUUUCCAGGAUUAGCUAGGCCAAUUCAAGUUGUUUUGACUCGUUGUAAUUGUCAGUUUUUGAUCAAUUGAAUAACAAACCGAGAGUUUAAGUUCAUAGGCUUUGUCUUGUGAAUUUGGAGAUCUUCCUAGCUGAUUCUAGGAAUUAUCUUGAGCUUGUAUUGUUCAGUUAUCCCCAUUGUUCGUGGACAAGCAUCUACCCUAAGUUUUCGAGUCUCUUUCCCUACGAGAAGGUCGCACGAAAAUCAACAUCCCAACUCGAACUCAAAACUCUGUUUUUGAGUUCUUCUUUGAAUUAAAUUCAAUCCUUGAUUGAAUUCGUUGCUGCGUUUUCUCUGAUCGAAGCUACCCAAUUAGGGGAUUAUCAGCAAACUAAAACAUGUUAGUAACUAGAGGAAAAGAAAGGAAAAACGAUUCUCGUAGUAGCGGCGAGCAAAAUGGGAGCAACCUAAACCAUGAAAACGAGUUUGUGAGAGAGAAAUACAAGCGUCGUGUUGCUAGACGAAGCGGUGGAGUACUGCACCCUAGAUGGAAAAAGUCUAGUAUCCAAAAGCAUCACUGACUUACGCUUUGAUGUGAGUAGCAUGGGCACAUGGAAUCCCAUGUGAAUCAUCAAGACCUCCUUGCAAGGCUAAAUACUCCUAGGUGACCGAGACUGAAGUAGUAUCGUGAGGAAAGGGUGAAAAAACCACCCCAGCGGGGUGUGAAAUAUAACAUGAAACCAUAGGAUUCCAAGCAAGGGGAGGAGACACGUGGUUGUUGAAGAAUAAGUCAGCAACUCAUAGGCAGUGGCUUGGUUGAGGGAACCCACCAAAUUCGUAGUGAAAGUGAGUCUUCAUAGGGAAAUUGUCACUGCUUAUGGACUUGAAACUGGGUGAAACUAAGUAGGGUUCGAACCGAAUGAUGUUAAAGAAUCAACAUAUGAGUUGUGGUGAGGGGUAAACUGCCACUCGAACCUAGAGCUAGCCGGUUCUCCACGAAAUGUGUUAAGAUGCUACAGUUGGCUGGAAAUCUUGGGGUAAGCAUUAUUUUAGUGUGGAUCGCGCGAGCUGUACCAAAUCAAGGAAAAUUCUAAUACCAAGGUUCAAUAAAACGUUGGGUGUAAGAUGAGCGUUAAGGCUCUGCCUAGCGCCUAGCAUGCUUAGGCAUGCCUAAGCGUUAGAUGUAAAUGUAGCAAAAUAUCUCACACUUGUCUAGAAUAAAAAUGUAUGACCAAUAUUAUCGCAUCCACCUCUCAUUUCUGAACCUUCAUCAACAACACAUGGUAAAGUAUAAAACAUAGUGUGGCGAAAUUAGAAAGGAAAAAGAAGUUGGAAAUAACUAAACAAACUGAGAGAUAAGAAGCACUAAAAAGAAAGAAGCAACUACUGUAAAGAUCGUCAUCUCUAACUCUACCCUAGAGGCUAGGAACACUUGGGAGCAAAGAAUGAAAAAGGAAGACGAUCUUGAUUUUUCUAUAACCUAGAAGCAUAUCAUAAGGUAAAAAAAGACAGUGUGACAUCAUUUCGAGGCACAACUCAAUGCUGACUAGGCACCGACGAUGCCACAAUUUGAUCAUAACGCCUUGUCGGCUACUUUUAGCCAAGGCGAGCAGUUUUCCUUCUGAUUUGUGCCUAUGCGAGUGCCUAGGCACGCUUUUCAGAACCUUGCUAAAUACUAUAUAUGAAUUCAAAAUAAUAGGGGUCAAGGUGAGCCAGUGAGACAAUGAGGGAUAAGAUUAAUCGUCAAGACGAAAACAUCUUGGAUCACCACUCAAGACCUCUAUAUGAUCGCUCGGUGAUAAAUGAGGUGGGUAGGGAUGGGCAAUGUAUAGGAUCGGACCCACCCAUUGUUAUGGUGGGUGAUGAAAUAAUGACCCACACCCACCUAUCUGUAUCGAUUUGGGUGGGUGACAGCAGAUGGUGGAUGGGCUUGGCGAUUUUGAUGGGUCAAAUUUUUUUAAAUAAUGAGAUAAUAUGAGUAAUAAAAGUUUGCAUACAACUAUUCAAUAUUAAUACUACAAAUCAAGAAAAUUGGUAGCUAUUAAACGCAGUUUAGUGCAUAAUCUAACACCAAUUAUCCCAUUCGUGAACAAAAAGUAUUUUAUUGAUAGUUAUCAUAUUUUAAAAUAAUCGAAUUUAUGUUUUAAAUUAAGUAAAAUUCAUAAAAAAAUAUUUUAAUUUAAUAGAAUCUAUCACCAUUAAAGUUAUGAGACAAGAAAAAGAUAAUGUUUUAUUAUAGAAUACGCAAUAACGACUUAAUAUAUAAUGUGAUUUUUCACGGAUAAUGACCCAUGCAUCCAAAUUUUUGGGCGACAACGUUUGCGCCCGGUGUCAGAAGUUCAAGAAAAUUGAUGACUGGAUGACAGGGAAAGCCGACGAUGGAAGCCCCGGUGACUCACAGAUUUUGAUUUGGUUGUAUCAUGGCUGUUGAGUAUAUACAUGAUUUUGUACCGAUCAACUUUGUUUAAUGUGUCAACAAACUAAUCACUUUGGGAAAGGGUUUGCUAAUUUUUUUGAUCUCCUAUUUGAUUCAAUACGGGAAAAGAAAUAAGUAGAACACGUGCGACAGAAUCAACGUGCCGUGCCGCCAGAUGAUCCCCCGAUCUUGAGAACCGCCAAACCUAUUUAACGGGACAACUCGACAAAGAGACACAGGACAAAAAACGAUUAAAUGACAACAUAUCAACGUGAAAGGACACUGUGAGUAGGGUCUAAAUCUGAUGAUGGACAGGUUUCUAGGACCACUGUCCACUGCAGCCUGCAGGACAGGGAUCGCAGGUCCAGGUUUACAAUUAUUGUGUGUGUGUGUGUUGGCCUACAGAGCCGCAAGCCGUUUUCCGAUAAAUGAAGCCACCAACCCACCCUUCUUUCAGUUUCCAUCAUUCCAGUUGGAGCGAAAAGGGCAACCUCCUUACAGAUCCAACAGCACCACAAAACCAAACCUAACUACCAACUGUAACGUAACUACUGUUGCUGAUGAAGAACUAUGUAUGGUUUUUGUAAGCAGAAGCAGGAGACAUAAGUACUGGUGUCUUACUGUCAAAUAGGUUUACGUAAAUGGUGAUCCUAUACGCAUCAGGCCUUUCGUGUCAAUAUAGGGUUUCAGUUGGAAUAGUUCAUGGUGAAUCUUCCUUAGCGGCCAUUAACCCAUCUCACUGUGAUAUACUAAACAACAGGCAUGCAUGUUGAUGCGACUGGUCUGUGCGCUCCUGAUUCCUAGCAACGACUGAUUAGAAGAAAUGGAUAUUUGGGCAUAUGCGUUGUUAAUUAAUUCCAAUUAAUUUACCUAAAAGGGGCCCCGACUCACUAAAAUAUCGAAUUCACGGGUAUAUAUAUAUAUAUUACAUUACUUAGCUUCGUUUUAUUAUUCAGCAAAUCACAUUCAUAUAAAAGAACUACAACUACGCUAACAAACUAAACUAAGAAUAGACUAACCGGAUCAAUGAUUGAUGAUUCUCUAUCUUGAUUCACUCUUCAUUCAUAAUGCGAAGAAUCCCUGACUAGACUUUGAAUCUCGACUAAAGCAAUCAAGACCCUCUUGAUCAUUCGAUUGAGGGACAUAUCCUUAUCUAACACGACCAAGGCGUUCUACACUAGAUUCCGUCUUUUGUGAGUUUCCACACAAUAUACAACAUUGAAUCGACUCACUCUCGUGUUAUCGAUCCCCUACUUCCAGCAGUCCAUGUUGCUCAAUUGACGUGAUAAGGUAUUCCCUCUUAUAGAAUCAAUAAUAUUGACUAAAGCAUACUUGAAUAAUGAAAUCAAGCAUAGAUUGGAUAUGAACUCACGGAUAUCAAGAUAGUGUACUCAUACAAUCAUUCAAUCAAGCCAAACAUGGCUAGAGUUCAUCAAAACCUAAGUGAAUGAGAACUAUUCCAUAAAGAGGCCAGAGAAUACUAUAUAAAGCUCUAAAUCUUCAAUCUUCAUGCCAAGACUUGUUCCUUGAGCUCCAAUGGAGAUGUAAACCUCCAAUUUUGUGUCCACCCAGCUCUAGAUCGAUUUCCCUCUCUUUGGAAUGCCCCUUGGGUGUUUUUGGCCAAAAACCUUGCUCUCCCCUCUCAAAAUCUGUAGCAGCGGCUUUAAACCCGAAGCAGCAGCUGGAACACGCCUUGGGACAUGAUCAAAAGACAAACCGACUUAACCAAAGAGAAAAAGGAAGAAAAUGCAAACCGAUGGGCUGGCAAGCCUCCCAACUAGCGCUUCUUUUGUUCAAAUCUACACCCAUUGAACCACACGCCUUAUGAACUUAACCAACAGCCAAUUCAAAGGUAGGUCCUUUGAAAUAGGUGAUCCACACUUGUGAACCUAUGACAAAACUUAGGGUCAGAUCAAAUGGAUUUUGGAGUUCUAGCAACUACUUUCACUGUUUAGGACUACUGUACAAGUACAAUAUUUUCAAAGUAUAUAACUUGGUUAAGAAUAAAAAAAAAAAGGCGAAAUAGUAUAUUAUGGUUGUCCCCAUUGAUAUACCAACUGCACAAGCACGAAAUUCUCACAAAACUAUAUAUUAGCACCAUUGAUAGUUUUCACAAAUGAAAACUAACUUGUGAUGCACAAUAGGAACUACAGUACUAGACUCGAUUAUUCCUAUCAUGGGUUUUUAUUUAGCCAAUGAGAGAUUCAUACAAGUAAUUGAUAACAAGCUUUGCCAAUUCAUAAGCUCUCUAAUGAAAUCGGAAUUAAGUUCGGAACCUCGACCGACAAUCCUUGGAACAACAACAACAAAAAAGCACAAAUCAACUCCAUAAACUACAGUUUUUAAGCCCCUAAUACUGUAUUUGGCAAUGACAACAAAAGUUUGCAUGUGCUUCAGCUACUUCGUGUUCGUGGUCCCCAAAGAGAAAAUGACAAAGAUUCCAUAAUUUUCAGUAGAGUAAAUACUAAAUAGUAUCCCUGGAUUCCAAAAUUACACACGAUUCCAACAAAUUAAACACGCCCGG